UUUUGCUAAGUGGAAUGGAGUGUUCCCCCUACCAUUUAAUUAGGGUAGUGUAUUACCACUUAAUUAGCCUAGUAAGACAGCCUCCACUUAGGGUUCCCACGGGUACCUGAAAUCCUUGAAAGUUUGUGAAUCUGAAAAAAGGCCCUGGAAAGUUUUUGAAAAUAGAUACAGGUCCUUGACAGUGCUUGAAUUUAUUUUGUGCAAGAAGUUUUUUGGAAAAAUGUUUUCCAUACGAUUCCCUCCGCUAUGCGUCUCUAUUAUUUGCCACCACUUUCGUCUGCAUAGGUUGCCUGAUUGACGUUGGUUACCCACCGUGGUGUAGUGCGGAUUUUUGAAGCGGCAGGGUGCUAUUUUAAUGACGUCACUGCAAAAAAAACUGUCACACUCACACCUCCACAUACAAUGGUGUGUAAGGCCAAAACCAAAUUGUUACCAGCUUUCGUGAACGUGAAAAUUCAGGAAUCCACUCUAAUUUGGAUUAGCUUCAAAAUGUAAUGUCUUCACCCAUACUACACUUUUCCACCAAAUGUUAGGAAUAUCAAACAUUAGGUUCUUGAAUUUGAGGGGUAUUGAACCAGGAAAGUCCUUGAAUUUGGAGUUACCCAAGGUUUAGGAACCCUGCCCACUGGUAUUCAAACAGCACAGAGACUAUAUGACAGGGCAACAACACCUAAGAUGUACACACACACUUCUCUGUCCUUCAUCUGUGCUGGGUUUGUUUCUGCAUGUCCACUCAGCAUGGAGACUACAUGGUAGUGCAUCACUUUAACUACACCUCGUGGCCAGAGCACGGCGUACCAGAGUCCAGCACCACGCUCAUCCAGUUUGUCAAGUCUAUCCGCUCCAACCACGGCCAUGAUAACACCACUAUCGUAGUGCGCUGCAGUGCUGGCGUGGGAAGAACUGGUGUGUUUAUAGCUCUCAAUCACCUGAUCCAGCAUGCGAGGGACCAUGACUUUGUGAAUAUCUACGGCCUGGUGGCAGAGCUGCGCAGUGAGAGGAUGUGCAUGGUGCAGAACCUGGCCCAGUACAUGUUUCUCCACCAGAGCACUUUGGAUCUGCUGUCCAGCAAAAGCAACAGUCAGUCCAUCUGGUUUGUCAACUAUUCCGCUCUGGAAAAGAUGGACUCGCUGGAUGCCAUGGAAGGUGAUGUUGAGCUGGAGUGGGAGGAGACGACUAUGUGAUUGGCAGACUGGUGAAGAACUGCUUCUGAAGGGCUAUCUUAAAAGGGUGGUUCAGGAUUUUGGACAUAGGACCUCAUUUCCAAGUAAGCAAGUGUGAUAUUUAUCAGGUGCUAGGCUAGCGUAAGUCAACGGUAUGUGUUAGCCUGCCACUAAAAACAGUCUUACCCACUCCAAAGUACACCCGAGGCAAAUUCCAGACAAUCGAUGUUAACAUGCCAGACGCCAAGUAAGUCUAAGGGGCAUUCACCAACCAAAGGUAAAAGAGGCAAAGCAUGGUCAGAAUUAGGCUGGACACCUGAAUCUACUGAGUAGACUGGAUGUAUGAAUCAACGUGAGGACUUUCGGACACUGGGGCCAAAUACAAUGGAGACCACAGCGCUGAAACACACACACACACACACAUACUCAUUUAGGUUUGCACAAAGAUACUGUCAUACAAACAAACCCAUACGUUGUCUUAUGCAUGCAUGCACACACACACACAUACUCAUUUAGUUGGCAUAAACACUCUGUGUUGCUGAGGUACAUAACUGUGGGUGGAAAAUUAUGUGUGUGCAGUCAAAAUAAAUACUUCUUUUAUGGGACCACCAGACCAUUAAAACCAGUGGUGUUGGUGCACACACACACACAGAUCCUUACAGUUUCACAUCAUAAUUUCUAAGAUGGGGAACAUGUAAAGAUAUCUCACGAUCUGACUUUAUGAAUAUCUGUACCCUUUCUCUCUGAUGUCUACUUGUUUUAUGUUUUUGUUUUGUAAUAUAACUUAUUAAGCCAAAUGACUGCUAUAUCCCACUGUAUGUUGAAGAGGUGGCAUCACAGAUGUAUUUUCCACUGUGUGUGUACAUUUUCAGAAGAAUCAGUGUUUGUGUUUUGGAAAUAAAAUCUGUUGUGUUCCUGCACUA